AUGGCCGCAAUCAAGUUCGUAAAAGGCAAACACGUAAGCUACCUGACCACCUACACCGCCGCUGCAAACGCAGAAGAACUCAUAUUCAACGAAACGCUGAAGAUGUGCGGCGUGUUCUACUACAUCUGCUCUUGCAAAAUUCUGUCCCACCAAAUUGAGAAAAGGGAGGAAUUCAUCCACUUCAUUUUGCAGUGCCAGAAUGCCGAUGGGGGCUUUGGGAACAACACAAAAUAUGACUCUCAUGUUGUGUCAACUCACCACGCGAUUUUGUCUCUCCUCCUGCUUAACCAUUCGUUUGACGGGUUCAACCCGUAUCUCCAUCAGGGGGGGGAUUCCACCAAUGGAGGUAACAACCCACCAAAGAAAAAGAGCAUAACAGAGAGCACCACGGAAUAUAUCCUGACCCUGCUCAAUGAAGACGGCUCCUUUAAGGGGGACAUUUGGGGGGAAGUCGACACCCGCUUUGUAUACAGCGCAGUCAGCUGCCUAACAAUCCUAAACCAACUCAGCCAAGUGUCAACGGAAAAAAUUGCUUCGUACAUUUUAACCAAUUAUGCCAUUUGCCAAAAUGGAUUCUCCUGGACCAGUGGAAAUGAACCCCAUGCUGCCAGCGUCUUCUGUGCAGUGGCAACUCUAUUUUUAAUUAAAAAAAUGCACCUAAUUAAUGAAAAAAAAAUAGGAGAGUGGCUAAGUUUACGGCAAACAAAUAAUGGAGGGUUCAAUGGACGUGCAGAAAAAUUAACAGACACAUGCUACUCAUGGUGGAUCUUCUCCUCAUUAAUUCUGUUGGGAAAAUACAAAUGGGUAAAUAAAGAUGCCUUAAAAAAUUACAUCCUUCUCUGCCAGGACUUAGAUAAUGGCGGCAUAAGUGACAAUCCAGAUUGCCUGCCCGACAUUUGCCACACCUUCUUCGGCCUCGCCGCGCUAAGCUUGAUAGACAACCUGCACGGAUCAGACGGCGGGGGGGGCUUGGCCCUACGACAAAUGCACCCCGUGUAUGCAAUUCCGCUGCACGUCGUGCGGGAAAGGGGCUUGCCCCAUCAAGAAUUGGAAGCGGGGUAG